CCCUCUUCUUUCACCUCUCUCUUCUAACGGGAGCUCCCAAUUCCUCUCAAGUCUCACCAUCGCCUCUUCGAUCUUCUAAGAUCCCUUCCAUCUCUCUCUCUCUCUCUCUCUCUCUCUCUAGAAGGGGAAGCUUUGAUUGGUUAUAGUUUUUUUAAGGAACGAUUGGUGAUGGAAUCAUGGGUGGGUGGAAUUUGAUGCAGGUGAUGGACUCCAUGGAAUCGUGUGUUCCUCCUGGGUUUAGAUUUCAUCCUACUGAUGAGGAGCUUGUCGGCUAUUACCUUAAGAAGAAAGUGGCCUCUCAAAAGAUAGACCUUGAUGUCAUCAAAGAAAUUGAUCUAUACAGAAUCGAACCGUGGGAUCUUCAAGAAUGGUGUCAGAUCGGAUAUGAAGAGCAAAGUGAGUGGUACUUCUUCAGCCACAAGGACAAGAAGUACCCAACGGGCACAAGGACGAAUCGGGCAACCAUGGCUGGUUUUUGGAAGGCAACAGGCCGGGACAAGGCCGUCCAUGACAAGAACAAGCUUAUUGGCAUGAGGAAGACACUGGUCUUCUACAAGGGAAGAGCACCCAAUGGACAGAAGAGUGACUGGAUCAUUCACGAGUACAGGCUUGAGUCUGAAGAGAAUGGACCACCCCAGGAAGAAGGAUGGGUCGUUUGUCGAGCAUUCAAGAAACGACUUGCCUGCCCAACAAGGAGCGUCGUCGAUGUGUGGGACUCCAACUAUGGCUACGACGAGCCCAGCAGGGUGAUCUCCGCCAUGGUCAACCCAAUCGAAUACCUCCAGAUGCAGCCCAAGACUCUCCUUUGCAAGCAAGAGACCGAGCGCGAUCGCCUGAACCUCUUGCACUCAAAACAAUUGUUCCAACUCCCGCAACUCGAGAGCCCCCCCCUUCCCUUAGUGAAGCAACCCAGCCCACUCUCUACAGCCAUGGAGAACGAAGACGAGGAGCAAACAAGGGGGUGCAAUGCCAUCGAGAAGGUGACCGAUUGGAGGGCCCUUGACAAGUUUGUUGCAUCCCAGUUGAGCCAGGAAGAUAGGUUCAGCGCCCAACAGGUCGUCUCAGAUUUUGGUGUAGACAGUGACCCGGAGGACAUCGCGCUGCUAUUGCUUCAGAGUGGAAGGGAGGAGGUGGGCAAAAUGAAUGGGCUCUUGACCUCCGGGGGACCGGAAUGUGACAUAGGCAUCUGUGUAUUUGAGAAAUGAGCCUAUAUGGAGAGGUGUAAGGGAGUUGCUCGAUCAAGACUUGUUCUUUCUUCUUUCUUUAUUCUAUGUAUGUUUGUGAUUGGUUAUUACAAAGUGGGGCUUUAUGGUGUAUAGAGAGAGAGUUGCAAUGAGCUACUACAUUAUCUCUACUAUCUCCCAUUGCGAGUCUACUGGCAUAUCUGGUUGUCGCAGAAUGGGAAAGAAGUAUUGUGUGUUAAUACUGUGUUGUGUUUAUCAAAAAAAAGGAUUGUCUUAUAA